GGAUGACGCUCUGCCGGGGCUUCCGUGUUGGAGCCGGCGGCAGAACCCAGGACUAGGAGACGUGGGGUCCCGGUAGCCGGGUGGCCCGCGGGCCCAGGGCGGGGAUGCACCGCCGGGGCGUGGGAGCUGGCGCCAUCGCCAAGAAGAAGCUUGCGGAGGCCAAGUAUAAGGAGCGAGGGACUGUCUUGGCAGAGGACCAGCUGGCCCAGAUGUCUAAACAGUUGGACAUGUUCAAGACCAACCUGGAGGAAUUUGCCAGCAAGCACAAGCAGGAGAUAAGGAAGAAUCCUGAGUUCCGUGUACAGUUCCAGGACAUGUGUGCAACCAUUGGAGUGGAUCCUCUAGCCUCUGGAAAAGGAUUUUGGUCCGAGAUGCUGGGCGUGGGGGACUUCUAUUAUGAGUUGGGCGUCCAGAUUAUCGAAGUGUGCCUGGCUCUAAAGCAUCGGAAUGGAGGUCUGAUAACUCUGGAGGAACUACAUCAACAGGUGUUAAAAGGAAGGGGCAAGUUCGCCCAGGAUGUCAGCCAAGACGACCUGAUCAGGGCCAUCAAGAAACUAAAGGCAUUGGGCACUGGCUUCGGCAUCAUCCCUGUGGGCGGUACUUACCUCAUUCAGUCUGUUCCAGCUGAGCUCAAUAUGGAUCACACUGUGGUGCUGCAGCUGGCAGAGAAAAAUGGGUACGUGACUGUCAGUGAAAUCAAAGCCAGUCUUAAAUGGGAGACGGAGCGGGCGCGCCAAGUGCUGGAACACCUGUUGAAGGAGGGGCUGGCCUGGCUGGACUUGCAGGCCCCAGGGGAGGCCCACUACUGGCUGCCAGCUCUCUUCACUGACCUCUACUCACAGGAGAUAACAGCUGAGGAGGCCAGAGAAGCCCUUCCCUGAUUCAGUAUGGAGGGAUGCACAGUAGCAGGCAGUGAGAAAAAGGAGGAACUGUUGGUGAAUAAACCUGGACAAUUUUGUUUAUAAAAGAAA